GCUAGAGAUACACCCCCCAAAAGCAAGAAAAAACCCUGUGAUGGACCCAACGUGGUCUGAAAAAAAACUCCUAGCCACUAACAAGUUACACACAUUGGCUGCAUCUCUUGCUAAUGCUCAAGAUAGCACCCAACAUGGCGAACAAAAUAAAUUCGAGCUCAGACUAGACAAAAAAUCUAAUAAAUCAACUAAAAAAAAACAAAAGAAAGCCUUCAAAUAUACUAAAAUUA